CCACAAUCCUAGGCAGGGACAGUUUGGGGGCAGGCAGGACCGGGGCUCAUCUCUGAAAAGCUCACUCCAAACAGCGUGUCCUGUUCAAAGUCAGAGCUGUCAUAUUCAGUGAAAGGGGCCGGGGGAAGGGGGCGAGGGUCAGGGAAGGUAGCACUGACCGGUAAUCGGUAAGAAAUCCCAGUCGUAAUUCUGCGUGUGUUGCUCCGAUUGUACUUAUGAGCGUGCCUGGGUUUGUUUACAUGCCACAUUCCCCCUCCUCCCCGGUUCAUACAGAGCUCUGUGAACCUGAGUGUCAAGAGAAGUGUGUAAUCCUAUGGCACCGCGCUUGGGUGGAUUGGGGUGCGCUCGACCCUGGUGUUAAACAGAGGACUUUUUUCCUAGUUCAAAGGAAAAGGACGGAGGAGUGUGUGUGUGUGGGGGGGGUCUAUCUGUGAGGGAGACAGGUCUGGAGGUGUGAAGAUAUAAAAUGUUUGGCUGUUCAGGGGCCAAGUACAUCCCACUGAGAACAAUGGAGAAUCACACACACACACUCCCUGGAUCUAAUGACUGAUACACAAACACACACGUGAUCCAAUAUCACACACCCCGCCCCCUGGGUCUAAUGACUGGGACAUACACAGGAUGUAAUGGCUGAUACACACACACACACACUUCUGAACAAUGGUGGUGGGGGGAGGGAAAUCCAUUAUUCUUAAUAGGAGCUUCCUGGGAGCUGGCCUUUGACCCAAAGGGUCCAAUUCUGCAUGCUGUACACCCCACAAAAGAAGCCAGCGGAGGAGGAGGAGGGAAGGAAGGAGGAGAAUGCUCAUUAAACUUUAGGGUCUUUGUCUGCCAAACCUGCAUGAAACGGGGAUUCCCGGGGAAAAAAGGAGGAUUUCCACCGAGCAAACAGCCUUCCUUUUCAGGAGGGGUUGGAAAAUCAGGACUCUCCCUCCACUGGGAAGGUUGUAACCUCCCUCCCCGGGCAGAAAAGCAAGAACUGUGACCAUAGGCCCUUGUUUGUAUGCGGAGGCCAGAUGCCUUCACGUGGGUGCUGCUGAUGUUACUUAGGGUCUUCAUACAUGUUUAAAAGAAGCUGCCCAGUCCGUGCGGCUCCCAUCAUGGGUCUGGUCCCCUCCGUACAACCCCACAAUCUCACAUCCACUCGCGCUCAAUUUGAUUCAGGCCUAACGACGCCUCCCCUAGUGAUGGGCGCGGGGACACAGAUUCACCCCUUGCUAACAGGCAGAAAGGCUUGCUGAGGACUGCAGAAAGGUCUGGGCCCGGUUCUGUUCCCCUUCACUGCCGAGGCCCGGAGGAGAACUCCACCUGGCCUGUGGAAUUCCCACGCGCCUUCAGAGAGGUUGUUCUCUGUAGAGGAGGAGGUGACAUCAGCCAUCCUCAUUCCGCUGGGAAAAUUACCUUGACUUGAGUGGGGCCAGGUUUUCACAUGGGUGUGCUAAGAGCAGCCCAACUGUAGUGCUCUAGUGAGGGGCAAUUCUUACUGAAGUGUAUGCUUAUUUUCUCUACGCAAAACCCCCUGGGUGUCCAGUAUUUACCUCUGUGUAUAUGUAGAUACUAUGUGCGUCCAUGCACCCAUAAAAUCACCCUGCAUGUGUAUUCAGCCUUCAAAGGGUCACACACAGUCAUGGGUGUCUGUACAGAGAUCUACUCAUACAUAUUCAUUAUAGAAAAAAACCACUGGGCCUCAUUUACUCUAUGUGUAACUUUAUUUACUUCUGAGUAGUUACAACAUGGGGCUGAUUUCUGUUUGCAACCUCGUGUUUUGUUUUUUUUAUAUUUGACCCGGUUCUCCAUUAUGGGCCAAAAUUUCCAGAACCCUAGCCUCAUAAUUAGGACCAGAUUUUUCCAAAAAGGCUCUGAAGCCAGAAGCUCUCUGGUGUUCCCCUUAUGGUCUGUUUUUUUCCCUCCCCCACCCCCAAAGAGCUGCAUGUCCAGCCUACCUCCACAGCCAUAUGUGUGUUCCUCUGCCCUUCCCCCACUUCUGGGUACGCCUGGGUUAGCUCUAGGGUCCCUUCAUGGUGCGGUGGGGUCUGGCAUGAGAGCUCUCUCCUGGGGAAGCUGAGAUGGGUUUGGCCUGCUCUCUGCAACAAAACUCGGACUGGUUUGGCCAUGACAAAAUGGAGAGAAACACCAUGAAUCCGAAUUACAAUGGAGGGGAGCCCAAGCGUUCCAGGACUGCGUACACCCGGCAGCAGGUCUUGGAGUUGGAAAAGGAAUUUCACUAUAACAGGUACCUGACCCGGCGAAGGCGCAUCGAAAUCGCCCAUUCCUUGUGCCUCUCGGAGCGGCAGAUCAAAAUCUGGUUUCAGAACAGGCGGAUGAAAUGGAAAAAAGACCACAGGCUGCCCAAUACCAAAGUCAGAUCCUCAGCUCCUUCUAAUUCCUCCGCGGGAACCAUUUCUGCUGCUAACGCAGUUCCCAGCGAGGACCUGUCGCCGGGUACAAACCAGGAUCAACGAGCAGACGAUAUCACAAGGUUAUAAACAAUAUCACUCUCCCACACACAAAAAUUGACUCUGAUUAUUUAUAGAAUCUAAUAUAUAUAUAUAUAUUUUGGUUCUUUUCUUGUAGUUUUCCUGUGCGUAUAAAACAAAAAACAAAAAAACAGUAAGGUCUUCCUUAUGACCACAAGCUUUAGCUGCAUGUUACAUAGCAUGAAGCCAGGUGACCGAGUACCUGCGGGUUUUUUACGCCAUUUCAGGGUUU